AUGAGUAUGAAACAAAAUAUGGUGUUUGGUCGUGAUAUUGAGAGAGGCCAAGAGCUCCAACGAUUCACGACACCACAAAUACAAAUUCAAACACCAAACACUAAUAACACCAGUGAAAACAACAACCAUGCAUCAUCGUCUAUUGUCAGUCGUCGGCCCCGAGGGCGGCCCCUUGGGUCUAAGAAUAAGUCCAAGAUGCCUGUCACAAUAGAAAGUGGCAAUCCUGAUGGCCAUGUGUUUGAGAUAACUACUGGAGAAGAUGUCUCUAAGAGCAUCUUUGAUUAUGUUCGUCGUCGAAGGAGGCGCAUAAAUAUAUUUAAUGGAAUUGGAGAGGUGGCGCAAGCUACACUUCGUCAACCCACGGGAAAAAUAGUUACCAUUCGUGGAAGAUUCCAAAUUAUUUCGAUGUCAGGAACAUUUUUUCCAUCACAGAGAACAACAAUGGAGUGUGGAUUGGAAGUUUUAUUGUGUGGUACUGAAGGGCAAGUUGUAAGGGGUAGUGUGAUCCCCCCUUUGAUUGCUUUAGGCUCUGUGUAUUUGGUUGGAUCUCCUUUUAGAAAAAUUGUAUUUGAAAAUGUGCCUUUGGAGGUCAAUAACCAAAAUAGACAAGAAGAAAUGAAUCAUGAUGCAGAUGGCCGUGUGGCAGAAGGUAGUGUUGGUUUGUUGGAUGGUGAAGGAUCAACAACUUAA